AUGGAAAAGACGAUGCAGACGGUGACGGCUCUGAUUCCGAUACCACAGAGGAUGAAUUUUGAUCCAACCGAGACCACUUACGACCGAGAGAAAGAAUUUCGCGCGCCACCUGAGGGGCAAUCAAAAUGUAAACAAAGAUCAGUUGACCGUUUCGUGUUGUGGUAUUUUGCGUGGAGAGUGGCUGUCGGUCUGCACAAAUCUGUUUCGCUGAAUUUUCUCAUCGCCGGACACACCAAAUUUGCACCAGACUGGUGUUUUGGUCUCUUGAAGAGGGCCUUCAAGCGCAAUCUUGUACCAGCACAAAGUGUAUUAGAAACUGUGGUGAAUGAGAGCUCAUCUGUCAACAUUGCGCAGGUCGUUGGGUAUGAAGAUGGCACCACUGUCGUUCCAGUCAGUGAUUGGCAGGCCUUCUUCAAGAAUUCCUGUAAACCAUUACACGGAAUAAAGAAGUAUCAGCACUUCAGAUUUGAUGAUGCUCAUCCUGGCUCUGUGUUCGUAAAGGAACACUCAGAAUCUGCGGAAACAGAGUUCAACAUCCUCAUGUCAGAUUCAAGCUUCCCACGGGGUGCACUGGAUGUGUUAGCUCCACCUGGUCUUCCACUUCAGAGGCAACAAUACUUAUAUAAAUCUAUCCGAGAGUAUGUUGAUGAGCCUUUUAAAGACACAGUUUGCCCUAAACCAGAUGUAUUGUCAAAUGUAGAACAGGAUGAAACUGUGAUUAUCACUGAAACAAGGAAGGCCAGCGAUGGACAUGAACGUGUGAAACGUGGUCGUGGCAAAGGAAGUCAGCGUGGUCAGACGGGUGUUGGGCGUGGCCAUAGCCGUGGGCGUGGUCAGGGGGAGAACAAUGGUGUAUAA